CAUGUACAGAACAACUAAUUCAUCCUAUGGAAGUGGCGUUGUCACAAGAAAUAAAGAGCAGAUGAGUUAAAAGACAUAGGAUGUAGAUCCCAUACGGAUUGGGAUUGAAAAUAUCGGCAAUACUUGUUACAUGUAUGCAAGAACAAUAAGCAUCCUAGAAACUCAAUGUUGCAAUGUUUAUUCAAUACUCCUGCCAUUAGUACAGCUAUGAAGUAGUACAAAGACAAUAAAAACAGCACUGAGUUGUUUAAACUAUUUUAUAAAAUAUGGUUUAGCAUUUAAGCAGGAAUAGAACCUGAACAUAAUGACAUAAUCCAAUUUAAAAAAUUGAUGAAUCAGCACAGAGAAUUUGAUAAUUUUAAUCAAUAAGAUUGCAUUGAAUUCUUCCAUGUUUUUUUGGACAUUGUAAAUACAGGUUUUCUCACAUAACCCUUCUUUGGUUAAUUGACCUAUUAAAUAAGUUGCUAAAAUUGUAAUAACUCUAGCAAAUAAAGUGAACAAUUUAUCAAUUUAUCCAUCUACAUCGAGUAAUCAUGUAGACUGAGUCAAUUACUCUCUGAAUAUUUCAAACCAGAAUAAUUAAACUCUUAAGAGAAAUGCAAAAAAUGUCAAAAGACAAGUCCCUUAAUAAGACGAUCAAACUUGAGUGCUGCUCCUUUAGUGUUAGUAAUUUAGUUAAAAAGAUAUGAUUCAAGGCAAGCUAGAUCGAACAAUGCUAUUGAGAUAGAAUAAAGUCUUAUUCUUAAAGGAUUUUGUGAUUAAAGUCCUUAGUACAAAUUGUAUGCACUUAUCAAUCAUCAAGGAUACAGUAUUUAUAGUGGACACUAUACAUGGUAAAUUAUUUAAAUAAACAUCUUAGUUUGAUUAAGGGAAAAGACUGCUGGUAUAAUUUUAAUGAUUAAAGGGUUUCGGAAUACUCAAAUAAAGUUGUAGAUGAUGAAUUAUAAAAAUCGUAGAACUCUUAUGUAUUAUUUUAUCAGAGACAAUGA